AUGCCCAUCCCCAGCAAGCACCCCAACAUCGGCCGCUCGCAGAGCUGGGACGCCGCCGGCUGGUAUGAAGGCAACUGGGAGAACGAGAACGCCUUCGAGUACCAACGGCCGCCGGGCCGGAGGAGCUCCCUGACCUACGGCGGCGAGGGCGGCUGGUACGAGCCGCCGCGAGCCAACGAUAUCAUCUUGCAGGGCGGCGCAGAGCUGAAGCAAGAGGCGUACCCCUACCAGGAUGCCGCCUUCGCCCCGGGGCCCCUCAGGAAAGGCUCCGUCCCUGACUUCACCUACUGCGACCGGCAGGCAGCCAUGGCGGGCCGGGGCUCCCUGCCGCCCCAGGAUUACUACAGCGACCCGUCCCUCUCGGCUAGGUCACCCAAGGACCCCCGCUGCUACCGUGACCACAUGGUGAGCAGGCCGCUGGCUGGCUACGGGGUGCCCGGCAGCCGACUGUCCUGGGACCAGGCCCCGGUCCGUCCGCCCGCCCCACCGGAGGCUGCCCGUCUCUACAGGGACCCCAAGAUGGCCCUGGACGGGCAGCGGAUGCGUGGCAGAGAUGUCUCCCCGGCGCGGUACGGCGUGGAGCCCCCCGGCCCGCGGUACGCAGCAGAGCCCCCCACCUUCCCCGGCAGACAGGCCUACGGCGACGGGGCGGAGCGGCCCCCCGAGCCGGCGGGGGGCAGGCAGGCCGCCCCCACCUGCCUGGUGGUGGACCCCACCGGCAGCGCCGGCAGCAGCUAUGGACCAGGCAGGGAGAGCGCUGGCACUAAGGGCCCUUACGACAGCUACGAGGCAACGGUGGCCACCCCAUCCCACCCGCCGGUGCCCCCCACCUUCCCCGGGACAGAGGGGAAGAGGAGCUUUGACCCCGAAUUCGUGGCACUGCUCCGUGCGGAGGGCGUCUCGGAGAGCACCUUCGCCGCCCUGAUGCAGCAGGGCUUCGACUCCCCCAACCUGCUGGCCAUGAUGGAGGAGAACGACAUCAAGUCGGUGGCUCCCAACCUGGGGCAGGCCCGCGUGCUCUCCCGCAUCGCCCACAACUACAAGGCCGAAAUGCAGCUGCAGAGGCAGGAGCGGAGGAGCGGGGCGCUGCGCCCCAGGACCCGCUCCAACAGCUUCAGCCACCGCAGCGAGCUGCCGGGCGACUACGGGGUGCCCCUCGGCUCGGGGCCCACCACAGAUGGUCCUGCUGCCCCCCAACCCCUGCCUCCGCUGCAGCCUCUGUCCCCGAGAGCAGGGGAGAUGCACCGCCGGCCAUCCAGCGCCCCGACCCAGCAUCUGCUGGAGACCACCACCUACCCUGCCUCAGGGGCUCCUCAAGGGCCACCCUUCCUCCCCGGUUCUGGAUACAACACCCCCCUGCCUUGCAGCACGCACCCACGUCCAGCCUCUGCCUACUCCGUUCCGGCUGGCAUGGCCAUGACCACGACCACGGCCAACCCUCACGCCAGCCCCAAAACAGCCUACCCCACCACCUACACCGUGCCCAUGGAGCUGAUGAAGAGGGAGAGGACCACGGCAGCGUCACCGGCACCCAGCCCUCACGGCAGCCCACAGCUCCUGCGCCGGCCGGGAGCACCGGGGGACGGCGGCCUGGCACCCACCGGACCCACCUUCCCUGCCCAGCUCUCCCCCUACCCGAAGCUCAGCAGGCGCACGGGGCCCCCCGUCAUCGUCUCCACCAUGGCAUCACCUGAACCAAGUAUUCGCCCUCAAAUCAUGAACGGCCCCAUGCACCCCCGGCCCCUGGUGGCCCUGCUGGACGGGAGGGACUGCACGGUGGAGAUGCCCAUUCUGAAGGACUUGGCGACGGUUGCAUUCUGUGACGCACAAUCAACUCAGGAGAUCCAUGAAAAGGUAUUAAACGAAGCUGUGGGGGCGAUGAUGUACCACACCAUCACGCUGACUCGAGAAGAUCUAGAGAAGUUCAAGGCCUUACGGGUCAUUGUUCGAAUAGGCAGUGGCUACGACAAUAUUGACAUCAAAGCCGCGGGGGAGCUUGGGAUCGCCGUCUGCAACAUCCCCUCGGCCGCCGUGGAGGAGACGGCCGACUCCACCGUCUGCCACGUCCUCAACCUCUACCGCCGGAACACGUGGCUCUACCAGGCGCUGCGGGAGGGCACGAGGGUGCAGAGCGUGGAGCAGAUCCGGGAGGUGGCCUCCGGCGCCGCACGCAUCCGGGGGGAGACGCUCGGCCUCAUCGGCUUCGGUCGCACAGCGCAGGCGGUCGCGGUCCGAGCCAAGGCCUUCGGCUUCAACGUGAUAUUUUACGACCCGUACCUGCAGGACGGGAUAGAGAGGUCCCUGGGAGUCCAGCGGGUCUACACGCUCCAGGACCUGCUCUACCAGAGCGACUGCGUUUCGUUGCACUGUAACCUUAACGAACACAACCACCACCUCAUCAACGACUUCACGAUUAAGCAGAUGAGGCAGGGAGCCUUCCUGGUGAACACGGCGCGCGGGGGGCUGGUGGACGAGAAGGCCUUAACUCAAGCCCUGAAGGAGGGACGGAUACGAGGGGCUGCGCUUGACGUGCACGAGUCUGAACCAUUUAGUUUUGCUCAAGGCCCGUUGAAAGAUGCUCCUAAUUUAAUCUGUACCCCGCACACCGCUUGGUACAGCGAGCAGGCGUCGCUGGAGAUGAGAGAAGCUGCUGCUACCGAGAUACGCCGCGCCAUCACAGGGCGCAUCCCAGAAAGCCUAAGAAACUGCGUGAAUAAGGAAUUCUUUGUCACAACGGCUCCGUGGUCAGUAAUAGAUCAGCAAGCGAUCCAUCCGGAGCUCAAUGGUGCCACGUACAGGUACCCCCCUGGGAUGGUGAGCGUGGCUCCGGGGGGAAUUCCGGCGGCUAUGGAGGGCAUCAUUCCCGGCGGCAUCCCUGUCACUCACAACCUUCCCACCGUGGCACAUCCUUCCCAAGCUCCAUCUCCCAACCAGCCCACAAAACACGGGGACAACAGGGAACAUCCCAACGAGCAAUAGCAGAUAAUUUAAAAAAAAAAAAUUAAAAUAAAAAUCAUUCAAUAAACUUGGGACCAAGAGACAUUGGAAAAAAAAGAAGUUAUACAUGAACUUUAAAAAAAAAAAAAAAAGAAUUUGAUACGAAAUUUGUAAUGUUGAUUUUUGGAGAGACGCAUCAUUGAUGUUCCAGUGUUACCCACAAAGCGAUAGCGGUCACGACCGGGGAGAAGCCCUGAAGGAGUCACCUGCUUAAACCGAAGCGCUGAAAACUAGGGAUGUGAUACGUUAAUGAUCGACUUCUGUUAUUGUGUGUUAAGUUUCCUUCAUCUGUGCAUCAAUCACAUGAAUAAAAAAUAGAUUUCCCCACCCCCCCAACCCCCCCCAAUUCCUUGGGAAGGACAGGGCUCCGGCGCCUGUUUGCAAACCGUUGCGUGCAGCAGUUCCUACAGAGGUAACCUAAAAAUGUAAGAGGAAACCAUUAUGUGGCUUCAGCCCUUUCCUUACUCUUGUAUCUGGUUCCCUCUUCUAAGGGGAGGCAUCAGUACUGGCUUAAAAAUGGAAGAAAAUAAUAAUACUACUCCUCCUUUUUGCAGUGUAACAGAAGUUCUCCUGCCAGGUUGAAAUUCCAACCAUUCCAGCCGGGAGCCGUGGGCCGGGGAGGGCAGAAAAGGAGAAAACAAACUGCCAGUCUCUUCUCUGCCCAAUACACUGAAUAAAGUAGCUGUGCAUUCACCUCCGCCCUGCAAUGAUGCAAGAAAAAAAAAAAAUAAAUAAAAAAAAGGAAAAAGGAAAAAAAAAAAAGAAAAAAAAAGAAGAAAGUAUUAAGUUUCACACACUAUUUGUACUCAAAUAUAUUUUCUCAGUUUUAAAUCUGCAGCUAUUUUAUCAAGUGGAAAAAGUCUUGAGCUGGAAAGGGUUCAAGAAUAAUGUUGCAUUUCCUUAUGUCUCAGGAAACACUUUUUAUGGUAACUUGUCAGACUGUCUAUGAACAAAACCCACUUUUUUAGACAUUGAUAAAAGUCUUCUUUUCUUCACGUGCUAUUUUAUACAAGAACACUUCAAAAAAAAAAAGUGUUAUUAGAUGUGACUGAUUUUAACAAAUCCUAUUAGAUUUGUAUCAACUAGUUACAUGUUAUAUUCAUAGUCUUUUGUGAAUCAUCGCCUUUUUUUUGUUUUUGAGAAGAUGGCCUGUUUUGAGCCUUUGUCUGGGUACAUUCCUGUUUCUGUGACAAAAAAAAAAAAAAAAAAAGAAUGAAAUCUUAAACUGUCCCAAACAGAAAAGAAAAAAAAAAAACCUACCACUGGCUAUCAGAAGUAUGUUUUGUUUUAGUGUGUUACCGUUACUGUAUUUGUUUAUUGUAAAGGUGGACAUUUAGCGUUCAGUGCAGUUUUCAAUAAAAAGUGAUAAAAUUUCUAUAA